CGGCGCCUCCAAUCAGGCGGCGGGCUCGCGACCCUCUGUGCGCCCGGCCGGUGCUGCCCGCCCCGCAGACUGACUGACGCGCCGGCUCGCCCCCGCCCCCGCCCGCACGCCCGCCCGCCCCCGCCUGGUCUCCCCCGGCUGGGCUCAGACUCCGCUCUGCUCAGCUCUACUCCGCUCUCCUCUCCUCCAGCCUCGCCAGGCCCUCUCCCUGCCGGCAGGAGCUCCUUAGCUGCGGGGCGGCGGCGGCCCGCUCGCAGGCGGCUGCAAGCGACCUCAGAGGCAGCGGCAGCGGCAGCGGCGGCGGCGGAGCCGAGGAUGAAGUGCAAGCCGAACCAGACGCGGACCUACGACCCCGAGGGCUUCAAGAAGCGCGCCGCGUGCCUGUGCUUCCGCAGCGAGCGCGAGGACGAGGUGCUGCUGGUGAGCAGCAGCCGCUACCCCGACCGCUGGAUCGUGCCGGGAGGGGGCAUGGAACCCGAGGAGGAGCCGGAUGGCGCGGCGGUGCGCGAGGUGUACGAGGAGGCGGGAGUCAAGGGGAAGUUGGGCCGCUUGCUGGGCGUCUUCGAGCAGAACCAGGACCGCAAGCACCGGACCUACGUGUUCGUGCUCACCGUCACCGAGCUGCUGGAGGAUUGGGAAGACUCGGUCAGCAUCGGCAGGAAGCGCGAGUGGUUCAAGAUCGAAGAUGCCAUCAAGGUCCUGCAGUGCCACAAGCCCGUGCACGCCGAGUACCUGGAGAAACUGAAGCUGGGCGGCUCCCCUACGAAUGGGAACUCGGCCGCCCCGUCCCCGCCAGAGAGCGAGCCCUAGUGAAUGGAAUAAAUGUUGUUCAGAUUUACUUUGAAAGAAUCAAGUAUGUGACCCCAAUGAUGAAUGGAAUUGUGAAGCACAGGUGAGCUCGUUGACAUCCCCAAGGACACAGCUCAUCCUAUG